ACAACUCAACAGCUGGAAUCCGGAAUUCCUCUCCCACCAUCCCAACUCUCCCGAUACAAUAACGGCGAUUUAGCGUGUCGCCUCGACCGUUCGCUCUUCUGUGUUUACAUUCCAAUCAAUUCGCCAAUCGAUCAGCGACCAUGUCUGCACCUGCCAAGAUGAUCCGCCGGAAGAAGAACGUCAAGAAGGGAAUCCAGUUCUGCUUGAUGGUCUGUGGAGCCUCGGGAACUGGCCGGACCACCUUCGUCAACACUCUGUGCGGCAAGUCGGUGCUCUCCCACAAGGAGUCCGAUGACCCCAACAGUGCUCAUAUCGAGGACGGGGUCAAGAUCAAGCCCAUUACAGUCGAACUUGAGUUGGAUGAGGAGGGCACUCGUAUCUCCUUGACCAUUGUUGACACCCCCGGCUUCGGGGAUCAAAUAGACAAUGAGGCUAGCUUCUCGGAGAUUGUUGGGUAUCUCGAGAGACAAUACGAUGAUAUCCUGGCGGAGGAGUCGCGUAUCAAGCGUAACCCCCGUUUCAGGGACAACCGUGUUCAUGCCAUGCUUUAUUUCAUCACCCCGACCGGCCACGGCCUUCGAGAGCUUGAUAUUGAACUCAUGAAGCGCCUUGCUCCGCGUGUCAAUGUCAUCCCAGUCAUUGGCCGAGCCGAUUCCCUCACUCCCGCAGAGCUUGCUGAGUCCAAGAAGCUCGUCAUGGAGGACAUUGAGCAUUACCGAAUCCCAGUGUACAACUUCCCCUACGACAUCGAGGAGGAUGACGAGGACACCGUCGAGGAGAACGCUGAGCUCAGAGGGCUCAUGCCGUUUGCUAUUGUUGGUUCCGAGGACAUUGUUGAGAUCGGAGGCCGCAAGGUUCGCGCCCGUCAGUACCCUUGGGGUGUUGUCGAGGUUGACAACCCGCGUCACUCGGACUUCCUUGCGAUCCGGUCUGCACUGUUGCACAGCCAUCUUGCUGAUCUGAAGGAAAUCACCCAUGACUUCCUUUAUGAGAACUACCGUACCGAGAAGCUCAGCAAGAGCGUCGAGGGUGGUGCCGGAGUCGAUUCGUCCAUGAACCCAGAGGACCUGGCAUCGCAGUCUGUGCGCCUGAAGGAGGAGCAGCUGCGCCGAGAGGAAGAGAAGCUCCGCGAGAUCGAGGUCAAGGUCCAGCGCGAGAUCAACGAGAAGCGCCAGGAGCUUCUUGCCCGCGAAUCACAGUUGCGCGAGAUAGAGGCCCGGAUGCAGCGCGAGCAGGCCGCUGCGCAGGCCGCCCAUCAGGCGCGGGUCGACAGCCACGCCGAAGCCAAUGGAGGAGAUCAAGACGGCAACUAGGCACCUUUCUCGGUCUGAUACCCCCGCUGUUGUACCGAUACCGACAACAAAAAACGAUGCGACCUGGUAAUUCAAUACAGGCGUUGGUUCUUUAUGCUGCGUUGAAGAGACAAUUAUUCCCCUGCUGCUUCUGGCUUUGGUUUGGACGAGUUUAGCUCUGGAAGAGACAUAUGAACAGCGAUGAAAGGCAAGAGACGAUCCGGAGGAGCCAACAGACUAAGGGGCCUGGAAGACACUCGUGUCAAGAGGCAGGCUGGGGAGCUACUUGACAAGAGUCAUCCGCCAUUACCAUCCUAAUUUGUUCUCUCUUCGGCUUGAUCUUAGCAUUGGGUACCUGGUCUCGCCGCUGGG